AUGGAUGGGUUCUCACCACCCUCCUCUGGCACAAACAUCAAACUUCUCAUUGCCCUAAUCUUCCAUGUAGGCUCCCUGGUUCGCCAACGUCAAGACAAAAACCAAACUCAACGGCUAUACUUUCGCUCUCUCACUUCACCACCGAUCGACAUUUUCCCCGGAAUCAUAAAUCCGACGAAACUCUCGCACAAUCAUUUGAACCCUAAAACCAAGUCACACCACCUCACCUCCGAUGCAUUUCUAUUUUUGGUAACCACUUCAUCAACAGAUCACGUCUCAAUUCAUCAUCAUCAUCAUCGUCAUCGAUAUAAGCUCAUCACUUUCUUCAAAUUGACCUUUGGUUCUUCCCAACCAGGGUUCGUUUGUUGUUGUUCUGUUGAUGUUGCUUUGAGUCCUAUUCACAUAGAAUCCAGUUUCAUUCAUAACCGGAACAAAUCCAUUGUCAUAUACCUAACUGUCGCUGAUUCUGUGAUUCCCAUGUGUAUUCUGGAAUCCGAUUCCAUUGCUUCAGUAAAACUCAGGAUUCAAACAUGUAAAGGGUUUCUAGUGAAGAAACAGAAGCUAGUUUUCGAAGGAAAAGAAUUAUCAAGAAACAACACUCUUCUUACAGACUACGGUGUUUCAAGUGGUGAUGUCCUUCAUUUAAUUCUCAGGGUCUCUAACCUUCUUGUAAUCACUGUAGAAACCGCUUUCAGAAAAGAAUUCAAAUUCCAAGUUGAAAGGUUUAGAAACAUAAGGCAUCUGAAACAAAAGAUAUCAGAACAAGCAAAAGGGUUUCCAUUUGUUAACGUUGAUGAUCAAGAAAUCUUGUGUAAUGGCGAAAAGCUUGAUGAUCAAAGACUCAUUGAUGACAUUUGCAAGAAUCAAGAUGCUGUUGUUCAUUUGGUUGUUCAGAAGCCUCAAGAAUCUCAACCUAGAAAAGAUCUUGGAAACAAAAAGAUUCAAAACAAAUCACUUUUGCAGCCUGUUAUCAUCAAUCCUGAUUUGAAAAUUCCACCUGUCAUAUGGGACAUGUUACAUUCAGCAUCAGAAGGUUUAAAAAAAAUGAAAAAACCAAUUAGAUCAUCCGAGGGGACAGGUGGCGCGUAUUUUAUGCAACACCCAUCAGGGAAAAAAUACGUUGCUAUUUUCAAACCCAUAGAUGAAGAACCAAUGGCUGUUAACAACCCUCAAGGGCUACCUCCAUCAACAAAUGGUGAAGGACUAAAGAGGGGGACUAAGGUAGGCGAAGGUGCACUGAGGGAAGUUGCAGCCUACAUCCUUGACCAUCCGUUGACCGGACCUCGGUCAACAAAAAUGGAGAUGGGUUUUUCGGGUGUGCCCCCAACGAUCAUGGUAAAGUGUUUGAAUGAAGAGUUUAAUCAUCCACAAGGGUAUGAUGGUGGUGAAAAGAAUAUCAAGAUUGGAUCUUUGCAGAUGUUUGUUAAGAAUUGUGGUAGUUGUGAGGAUUUGGGGCCUAGGGAUUUUCCAGUGGAGGAGGUUCAUAAGAUCACGGUGUUUGAUUUGAGAACCGCAAAUGCCGAUAGGCAUGCGGGAAAUAUUUUGAUGAACCGCGAAGGUGAUCGAAUUGUGUUGAUUCCUAUUGAUCAUGGAUACUGCUUGCCCGAGAAUUUCGAAGAUUGCACGUUUGAUUGGCUCUAUUGGCCACAAGCGCGUGAACCCUACUCACAAAAAUCACUUGACUACAUAAACUCACUAGAUGCAGAGCAAGACAUAGCACUUUUAAGCUCAUAUGGGUGGGACCUUUCACUCGCAUGUGCACGUACCUUUCGCAUCUCCACCAUGCUUCUAAAAAAAGGUGCAAAAAAAGGGCUCUCCCCCUUCACCAUAGGCAAAAUCAUGUGUAGAGAAACAUUAAACAAAGAAUCCAUGAUUGAAAAGAUUGUUGAAAAAGCCCAUGGUUUCAUGAUCACGGGAAUGAGUGAGGCUGUGUUUCUUGAAACUGUCUCUAAGAUUAUGGAUUCUGAGCUUGAGAAUGUGUGUGUUUAGGGCUCGUAUAGGAUUUGGGUAAUUUGUUGGGUU